GCUGCGGGGCGGGCAGGGCGGUGGGGAAGGAGGAGCCAGCGCGGAGGCUGAGCCUGGCUGCGGGAUGGGGCGGCAGUGAGGAGUGCCGCCGACGGGGCUCUCGCCCCGCAGCCGUGCCGUGCCGAGCCGAGCCGUGCCGAGCCGCGCUCCCCCCGGUGAUGCUGAGCGGCCCCGCCGCCUAGCGCCGCUGCCCGCUGCCAUGGCGGCGGCCCCGACCCCCGGGGGGGCGGCGGGGGUCCCGGCGGGGCUGCGGGUCGCCGCCUGGCUCCUGGCUUGCGCCGCGCUGUGCCGGGGCCCCCCCGCCGCCGCCUGCCCGCCGCUGUGCGCCUGCAGCGGCACCACGGUGGACUGCCACGGCACGGCCCUGCGAGCCGUGCCCAAGAGCAUCCCCCGAGGCACCGAGCGCCUGGAGCUCAACGGCAACAACAUCACACGCAUCCACAAGAACGACUUCUCCGGGCUGAAGCAGCUCCGUGUCCUGCAGCUGAUGGAAAACCAGAUCAGCAUGGUGGAGCGCGGGGCGUUCGAUGACAUGAAGGAGCUGGAGCGGCUACGGCUGAACCGCAACCAGCUGCACGCCCUGCCCGAGCUCCUCUUCCAGCACAACCAGGCUCUGUCGCGGCUGUGAGUACCUCCCGGGUCCCCUGCCCGGCCGUGCGUGGGGCUGCUGGGGGGCUGGAGGGCAGGG